GAGACAAAAAAAAAAAAAAACAGGUAAAUAUUUCAAUAUACAAAAUUACAAAGGCACUCUAAAGAAUAAGAUUUUCAAAGGAAAAAUCAGUCCAAAUGGAUCUCUUCAGUUUGCAACAGAAUUGUGCACUCUUAACUGGAGUUACAGUUGUAAUAUUAGCUAUUUACAUAUUACCAUUGAUUACUAAAACUAGAAAAUACAAGGCGGUACCUGAAGCAAGUGGUGCAUGGCCUAUAGUUGGUCACAUCAACCUUUUUUCAGGAUCGAAAGGUCUUCCUCACAAAGCCUUAGCAGCCCUGGUUGGUAAAUAUGGACCAAUCUUUACUGUCAGGUUAGGCAUCCGUAGAGUCUUGGUUGUGAAUAACUGGAAGAUAGCCAAGGAGAUUUUUACUACCCGUGAUGCAGUUGUUUCCAACCGGCCGAAGUACUUAGCAUCUAAGGUAAUGGGAUAUAACCACAGGAUGUUUGGAAUGGCUCCUUAUAGUCCAUAUUGGCGUGAAAUGCGUAGGAUCAUCUCACUUGAGCUUUUAUCUAGUCGUCGCCUUGAUCAGCUUAAACAUGUCCGAAUAUCAGAACUAGAUAGCUCUAUCAAAAACUUGCAUGAUCAAUGGAAGGAGAAGAAAGACGGGCAGGGAAAGGUAUGUGUGGAAAUGAAGAAGUGGUUUGGGGAACUCAACAUGAAUUUGGUUCUAAGAAUGGUUGUUGGAAAACGGUAUAGUGGAGCUACAAACGCGCAAGAAAACGAAGAGAUGAAUCACUCUAGGGAAGUUAUGAGGGAUUUUUUUCAUUACAUGGGACUUUUUGUGGUGGCGGACGCACUUCCUUACUUGAGGUGGUUAGAUUUGGGUGGUCAUGAGAAGUCUAUGAAAAGAAUUGCACAUGAACUUGAUACUAUAGCUGCGAAAUGGUUAGAUGAACACCGCAGAAAGAAGAAUUCUGAAGAGACUGUCGAGGAGAAAGACUUUAUGGAUGUGAUGAUAUCAGCAGUAGAAACUGGAGACCUGGCAAAAUAUGAUGCAGAUACUGUUAUUAAGUCUACAUGCAUGGUUCUAAUUGCAAGCAGUGCAGAUACAACAACUGUGAUGCUCACAUGGACGCUAUGUCUGUUGGUGAACAAUCCCCAUGCUCUCAAAAAGGUGCAAGAAGAACUUGACAACCUAGUCGGAAGGGAUAGACAAGUAAAUGAAUCAGAUAUUAUAAAUCUAGUCUACCUACAAGCAGUAGUAAAGGAAACAAUGCGCCUAUACCCUGCAGGACGUCUAGGAGGUAUGCGAGAGUUUUCAGAAGAUUGCACAGUAGUGGGCUACCAUGUCCCGAAAGGAACAUGGUUAGUGACCAACCUGUGGAUACUCCAACAGGACCCAGAAGUAUGGUCAAACCCGUCCGAGUUUCGUCCCGAGAGAUUCCUAGAAGGUAAUCACAAGCAUGUUGAUGUUAAAGGGGCAAACUUUGAGUUGAUUCCUUUCGGGGCUGGGAGGAGGUCUUGUCCUGGCAUAGCUUUGGGACUUCAAAUAUUACACAUUGUUCUAGCUACAUUUCUACAACAUUUUGAUUUAAGUACACCGGGUGAUUUGCCGGUGGACAUGGCCGAAACAGCGGGAUUAUCAAAUGCCAAAGCAUCUCCCCUAGAAGUUCUAAUUAUCCCAAGAAUGUCAUCUACUACCAUAUAAUGAAAAGGUAUGUAUCUAAAGCUUACAUAGAAGUGAUUAUGUGCCACAUUAUGUACCGAAAUCUGGGUGUAUCAUUAGAUUGUAAUUAAUUACGGACUCCACAUAUUGUAACACAUAAGUUUUUAUUAGUGUGUAUGUUUAUAUUA